AUGGCGUGGUAUUCUAUUCUCCCACCACAGCUCACCCAGGUCGAGAGCUGGGCAGUCCGGAUCUUCCUGCUUCUCGGCCUCAUCACAAUCGUCCCCUGGUUCGCACUCAUUAUUUUCGAUGCCGGCCUAUGGAUUUACCGAAUAAUCUUGUGGGAACUACCGUGGGUAGGUGGACGUGCACGUGGCCAACAGCGACCUCGAGCACCGAGUCUGAACGAACGGCCCGACGGACAACGACGGGCGUUUGGACUGCGUGGCGUGGAGAGUGAUUCUGGUCCGGAUCAAGAACCGGAGGGUGAUGCACUGGCGGAUGGGAACAUGGGCAAAGAGAACAUGGCACCCACCACUGGUGCGUCGCAUUCUAGCGUGGACGGAGAGGCCAAACACAGAGCUGGUCGAGCCUGA